UACGACAUGAGCCUCAGGAGAUCCUCUCGACUCGCUGUCUGCAAAGAUGCGGCUAUCCCCGCCGUACUCAAAGAGACUGACAACGCACAACUCGGCCGUAAAUCGCAGGCGGAGAACACGCGAUCACACAAGCGUCGCAGGACAACGGCGAACACUGGCAAAAAGGGUCGGAAGGCAGUACGCGUGCCUUCUUCGACGCUCCCCCUUCAUGAUUUGCCUCUCGAUCUACUGUUCGAGGUUGUUGGCUACUUGGAUCCCACAUCUCUUCUUCACUUGUCCCGUGUCUCGCGAGCUCUACACAACACGCUCAUGAGCCGGUCCUCGCAAUGGCUAUGGAGGAAUAGCUACGCCAACUCCAAGCACGAGCUCCCGCCAGCGCCGGACGACCUCACCAUUCCGAAGUUCGUGGGCUUCGUCAUCGACGAAGUCUGUGAUUUCUGCCGCACGCUCAUGCCGAAGAAAGCGAAGGUCUCAAGGAUAUGGCAGGCGCGCAUGCGGUGUUGCAGCGAGUGCCUCGAAGAUAGGGAGCACUUCGUGAAUAUCAACAAUUUUGGCAAGAUCAAAUUUAUUCAGGACGUCCUUCGGUGGUUGGGCAAGGACUUUUCCCUCGGCACCCUGCUACCGGGGUCGGAUACGUCGGGCAGCAACUAUCCCACGAGGCAUGACGUGCCGUUGGUCGUGCUCGAGCGGCUCGCUAGUGACUUCGCACGCGACAACAAGCGCAAGUCUGUGGAACAGAAGAAGAGAUGGCUUAUGGACAGAGUGAGUGCGCUGGACAAGGUGAAGCAGCACGCCGACAUCUGCCGGACAUGGGAGGGGGACGUGUGGUACAAGCAGCUAGAGGAAACGAUGGAGCUGAGGCAGAAGAGAUUGAAUGCCAUCCUCGACAAGAUGACCAUCUUAGGGUACGAGGAAGAGGCGGAGAACAUUUGUAACCGGAGCGCGUUCUACGAGCAUCCGCUCGUCAAGAAGGUGCAACCACUCACGAGUAGAGGUACGUCCUGCUCAAGCAUCUUGUUGAGCAUCGCUGCUAGUGAAGUUCUUCUGGCUCACUCGCGACCUGAAGAAUGGUUUCGCAUACGCGACCCGCUGCUUCGCUUAGCGAAGGAGCUCAGUGCGAAGGUCGCUGAAGAAGUCAAGCGCAGGGCGUACGGUGAUCGCUAUCGCGACGUGUGGCACGUGUAUGAGGAGUAUCUGGAUGGAAAAUCGCGUCAGACCCAUCCGAGCAUCGGCGAUCUGGUGAACUUCAAGGAGAUCAACAACCUCAUCUACAAGACGCCCAUGGAUAAGGACCUUUCUCCGCUUGAAAAGGAGGACAUAUGCGCGGUUAUCGAUGAGGUCGCUCGGAUGCGGUUCUCCGAGUGGCGGACGCGGUGCGAGACCGCGCUGGUCGCCCUACUCGCCGACAAGUUUAAGAAUUGGGACCGGAAGGCGACCGCUGCCGAUCUUCAUCUCGCGGUCUCGGUAUUCUCAAGCGAGGACGACAAGUGGCACUGGUGGUACCCGGAGGUGCUCACCAUUGACGGUCGGCCGCUUGAUAUGCACAUGUGGGCGUUGACGGAGGAAGAGGAGGAAGACCUGACGCCUCAACGGAGGCAGAUGGACGCAUUCUCGGCGGACGUCUUUCACGUGAACGCGGAUCGCGUGCGAAGCGCGGCACGGCUGGUGAAGCUAGCUGGGCUGCAUCCGAGCACGGCGACUGUCGACGACAUGGACGCGCGCGACCCAUGGUUCGCGGGUGCGUACAAGAAGCGUGAUCGGAACACGUACGGUCUACACGUGAUGACAUGGAGGAAAGCGGCGCAAGAGCUUUGGGGGUCUGAGGACAUCGUGUUGGUUUCAUCUGAGGAUACUGACCUGGCACGCACAAUGCGUGACGAAUGGCGAGCACAGAGUAGUAGGCCUUUCAGAGGAGGUUUGCGUCUGCCAGCGCUAGAGAAGAAGAAGACACGAGGGCAUUGAGAGGAUGGGGUUGUUGACAUCUUGCUUCACGCAUAUUGUGCUGGUGUAGUUUGUAUGUCACAAUGUCAGUGUCGAACGAGGGCGUAGCUCCAGAUGAGGAGGC